AUGACGUCGCUGAACCUGGCCACCAUCUUCGGACCGAACCUUCUGCACAAACUGAAGAACUCGGACAAAGAGUUCAGCGUGCAGAGUUCAGCACGGGCCGAGGAGAGCACCGCCGUCAUCGGCGUCCUGCAGAAAAUGAUCACCAGCUACCAGAGCCUCUUCAUGGUCCCCCCGGACCUGCAGAAUGAAGUCUUAAUGAGUUUACUGGACACGGAUCCGGAUGUGGUGGACUAUCUUCUGCGCAGAAAAGCCUCUCAGAGCUCAGACCUGCUGCCGUCGGAGGACGCCUUCAGUCUGAGCGAGCGCCGUUCCUCCAGUGACUCCAACAAAGCGUCCAGCGGCGAAGUCUCACCGUACGACAACAACUCCCCCGUCCUCAGCGAGCGGCGAGAGGGCAGCAGUCCGGGCAGCGAGACCCUGAUCCGGAUCCCAGAGCAGGGCGGUCUGACGGGACACAGCCGGGGCCGGGACACUGAGACGAUAUCAGAGGAACACGCAAACAUCUGGGGCACGUGGCACUCGACGCUCAAACCGGCGCACAGGGACGAGUCGUUCACAGGUUCCCACGGAAACAUGUCCGAGGGCAGUUCCCGCAGCUCGCAGGAGGGGCUCGACGGUCUCCACGGCGACAGCAGACAGCCCCCCGCCUCGGCCCCGAGGGGCCACCCCCCCGUGUCCAGGGUGUGUCGUCCGCGCCUGUCCGUCAACAUAAGCCCCGCCCCCAAACUGCAACGAGGCAGCCACGUGAGCGACGGAGAGUCUCCGCCCCCGCCGUACAGCGCCCACCACCGACUGGCCACCUCCCUCAGCACGCCACAGUUAGCCCCGCCCACCACCUCCUCCACGUCGUCCUCCUCGCCACCGCCGCCGCUGAGCCAGUCGAGGGCAGAGUUAGCGCCGCAGAGUCCGGAGUGGCAGGAGUGGCAACGCGACCGAUGGCAGAUCUGGCAACUUCUCUCCUCGGACAAUGCAGACACACUUCCAGAGACGCUGGUGUGA